AUGCCAGACUCACAGACUUCCCAUGGCUUGGACCUUCCUCUGUUGCCUCAUGAGCUCUUCUGUAUGGUCCUAGACUACCUCGAUCCUAGUGAAAUAGUUCGUUGCAGACGAGUCUCGCGGUUAUGGAAUGAGGCUUUCGGAGAUCCGGCAAUCUUGAUACCACUGCUGAAGAAGCUGUUUCCACUGGCAGAGGAAGUCAGAGAACUCUAUGGCCGUCAUGGCCUGUUGGAGGACUCAAAAAAUAGCGAAAAUUGGCGCUUACUUUUCGAUCGGAUCGCCUCGAGGUAUGACCACCUCACUCGUGGGAAGCCCAGAUCAAUUCGGAGGCUUAGGCUGUGUGAGGAAUUCGGUAUAUCCGGCGAAAGAGAAUGGUUUCAGGUACAACCUUGGGACAUCCAUGCCAGUCAUCUAAUGCAGCGGGUAGAUCUGCCUUUCUCGGAGUCUUUUUGGUCGUAUGAUGAGGGUCUGUUGGUCUACCCAAGCGCCGACCAUGCCUGCUUAGUCCUUAUGGACCUUGAUAGCGGCAGGGAGUUUAUGGUGCCAUUCAUUAUCACGGGAAAGGUAAUCCGAAGAGUCAGACUACAGAGGCAGGUCCUGGUUGUUGAAUGGGCGGAGCCGAAAGCCUUCCAUUGGUUGAAUGACAGCGACGGUGUCCAUCGUCAUUUUGCUUCUUCUUUCGACGUGCGCAAGGAGUCCAGCCGCUGGAGUAUAACCUUUCGCAAUGAGUGGAAGAUCAUGUUUCUCGGGCAUCCACUCAGCGAAAGAGACCGCUUCUACUCGACACAUAGUCAGACCCAUUAUGCCAUCUACAUCUGGCAGCCCAAUCGCAGUCUGUACACUGCGGAUGAGGAUGCUCCGAUAGAAUCAUUGUCGAUAUGGGAUAUAUCUAAACCGUCCUCAUAUAGACCCUCACUAGACCCAACUGGCCGCUUGCGGGUAGAUGGUGAAGAGUCAGGCCCCUCUAUUGUGUCACGAUUUGGUUUCAGAGAGCUAGGAUUCUACUCCGUCAGACAACGAGGUCUCCCAGGCAUACAGUGGCUGAAUAUUACGGAAGACAAUCAAUCAAUAGAGAUUUUUGAGAACUUAUGCACAGGCCCCGUGGAUCGGUUUGUUGGACCCGCUGAAUGGACGUCGCAAGUCCAGGUGACGAGCAUCCCGGUCAAUGGUUACGGACCCUGCUAUAGGCAAAACCUCGACCUUAUACUCCCACCGUAUCGAGGGAACAGCAGCUUGCAGGCAAGUCCCCUCACUCUCAAGGUCUGUGAAGAGCCAUGGUAUACUACCAUCUCAGAGUCAUGGGAUGGAAAAGCCCAAGUAGGCUUUUGUCUUCAUCUAUCCCAGGCCACAUGGCCAUUUGACUUGAAAGCUUCAUUGAGUAUUCGGACCCCAUCGUCAGCGGUUACUCUGAAGCACGCCGAUGUGUUUGAGCUUACGGGCAAGGGAAAGAUAUGCGGAACCGAACGUUACCUCCUGGGCGAGAACGGAAACCGCGAACUGCUCAUUUACCGGUUCGAUAAGUAA